CUUUCUUCUUUCCCAUACCAUGUGGUCCAUAUUUCUCUUACCUUCCUCUCCACAACCUUCACCUUCCAAACAACAUCUAUUGUUCUUUGCUGUACAUCACACUGUUCCCUCUCCCAACAAUUUCUGGUUCCCAAACGGUAACUAACUAACUAACAAACAAACACACGCACCUGAAAUUCAAGAAUCAUGAGUAGCGCCGCGGCGGCAACAACCGCUAACACUGCUCUCUACUCAAACACUAGAUUCUCUUCGGAGCUUCUAGCACCUUCCAUCAACGCCUUCUCCAAAACACAUUUCACCACGUGCUCUAAUUCUCUGAGAUCGAAGAGGAACACUCGGUUGAUUCUAGCUCCACGGGCUUCUCCUCCUUCCGAUUCCGCCAAGAGCACCGAAGACAGCGGCAAAAGAAAAAGGAGAAAGAAAAGUGACGACGGCAACGGCGGCGACGGCGAAGAAGGCGAGGAUGAUGAUAACAGAUUGCAACUUAGCCUUGACGACGUGAAUCCGGUGGGACUGGGAAGGAAAUCGCGGCAGAUUUUCGAUGAGGUUUGGAGGAAAUUCUCGGGGUUAGGACAGAUUUCGAGGACAAGUCGUACGGACGAUGAAGAAACCCUGUUCAUAAGGGAGGGGCCGAUGUGUGAGUUCGUUAUUCCCGGUGCACAGAACACUACUGUUCUUGUUGUUGGUGCCACAAGUCGCAUAGGCCGCAUUGUGGUCCGUAAGCUCAUGAUCAGAGGUUACCUUGUCAAGGCUUUGGUAAGGAAAGCAGAUCAGGAGGUAGUGGACAUGCUCCCAAGGUCGGUCGAGAUAGUGAUUGGGGAUGUUGGCGAUCCGGCAACCCUCAAGGCUGCUGUAGAAGGCUGUAAUAAAAUAAUCUAUUGUGCUACUGCCCGCUCUACCAUUACAGGUGAUCUCUUCAGAGUUGAUCAUCUAGGAGUUUAUAAUCUCUGUAAAGCAUUUCAGGAUUACAACAAUAAAUUGGCCCAGUUGCGUGCUGGUAAAAGCAGUAAAAGCAAGCUUGUGAUUACCAAAUUCAAAUCUCCUUCUUCAUUGGAUGGAUGGGAAGUUCGACAAGGAACUUACUUCCAGGAUGUAGUUGCCACAAAAUAUGAUGGAGGGAUGGAUGCUAAGUUUGAGUUCACUGAGAAUGGAGAGGCUGUUUUCUCAGGGUAUGUCUUCACUAGAGGAGGGUUUGUGGAACUGUCCAAAAAGCUUUCUCUACCUCUAGGUUCCACUCUUGACAGAUAUGAGGGUCUGGUUCUUUCUGUUGGUGGAAAUGGAAGAUCCUAUGUAUUAAUUCUCGAGGCUGGUCCAUUGGCGGACCCAAGUCAGAGCAAGUUAUAUUUUGCAAGAAUUAGUACAAAAGUGGGAUUUUGUAGGGUUAGAGUACCAUUUUCAUCAUUCCGGCCUGUGCAGCCAGACGAUCCACCAUUGGACCCUUUCCUUAUACAUACAUUGACUAUACGCUUUGAGCCUAGAAGACAGAAGCCUGUCGAAGUAAAUGCUGAAACGAAACAGGAUUUGAGAAGUUUUAAGCUUAUAUUGGAAUAUAUAAAAGCCUUGCCUACUGGGCAAGAAACCGAUUUUGUUCUAGUUUCAUGUUCGGGAUUAGGAAUUGAACCUUCUAGACGGGAGCAGGUUCUUAAAGCCAAGAGGGCAGGGGAAGACUCCUUAAGAAGAUCCGGUCUUGGAUACACAAUAGUUCGUCCUGGACCCCUCGAGGAGGAGCCUGGUGGGCAGCGUGCUCUAAUAUUUGACCAAGGAAAUAGAAUAUCUCAGGGCAUCAGCUGCGCCGAUGUGGCUGAUAUAUGUGUGAAAGCACUACACGAUUCAUCAGCUAGAAACAAAAGUUUUGAUGUUUGUUAUGAGUAUGUUGCUGAGCAAGGGAAGGAGCUGUAUGAGCUGGUUGCACACUUGCCUGACAAAGCAAAUAACUAUCUCACUCCAGCACUUUCUGUCUUGGAGAAGAAUACCUAAGCACCUCCAGUUGAAUACAAAAUACUUUAGGUUAUGUUUUGCUGGGGGUAAAGAGUGGAUUGAAAAUCUUUGUGGACGAGUUCUACGUGUAAUUUUAUAAGUUACACUCUCAUUCAUGAACAUUGUUAUACCAUUUUAACUCCCCCAACCAAACAUAGCGUGAAAGCUAGUUUUUAAUGUAUAUGUGUAUGUUCAUAUUCUACCCAAAAUUUAAUUUUUUUUUUCCCUAUAUUCAAUAGAUGAAAUGCAUUAUGCAAACAAAAGCAAGGAUAUGUAGAGCCUUGUUUGAUAAGAUGUACAGACUGAGUUCUUGGAUCAUUGGAUGUAAUUCUUGUAACAGCUUCUGAAGUAAAAGGAAAAAUGAAAACUGUGAAAACCUUGCUAAAAGGCAUUCCGUCUCGAUUAUUGUUGCUUAA